AUGGAUGGAACCAAAUCAGAUAAACCUAAAAGACAUAUACUAUAUUAUAAACAUAUGUUGUGGGUGAAUAUAUAUAUCUACGUUGCAAAUAGAUUGGGUUUACAUGUUGUAACAACACCAUCACACAAGGAUGUAGCAAUAGACAACGGUUUUAAUCCAAAAGAUAUACAUUUGGUUUGGCAAUCCAGAAAUUGUACAGAAAGUACAGAAUGUUUCAUGUUUGAAUGGACAGAUGACCAAGAUAAUUUAAAAAUUUCUGACAUAAAAAAAUGCCAAGUGCUCUCUUGUCCAAACAUACUUAAUUCGUCAAGGAACGAGAGGAACCUCAAUUUUUUAUUAUACCCUCUUCCAUAUAAUAGGAUAAACAAUGUAUUAUUACCGUUUAAGCCAAUGUUUACUUCAAAUGAAGCGUUUGUCCAUGAAAGAUCGCCUGAUCUAAUAUUUGCGAUUGGUAUGAUAGUUACACAUACGCAUAAAAUGAAAGAUAAUACACGAAAAGAUAUUACUGGUGUCAUUAUUGGGUGGCACAACAAAUGCCACAAAUGGAUUCGAUAUAAAAACAAACGUUGUACUCCGAAUGAAAUUAAAAAAGAGUGUAUCCAGAAAUAUAACAUUAAAGAUUGGAAAUCGCAACCAUACUACGUUAUGUUAGUUGAAAAUGACCUGUGUUAUGUUCCGCAAUGUGCUAUAACAUCGACAUGCGAAAAUGGAUAG